AUGGAAUUCGUCUACAACAUCUUGCGCAUUGUGCAAAUCCUCUGGACGCUCCUCGCCACCGCCCUCAUCGGCAACGUCAUCGCAAGCAAUGUCAACGCGCAAAGCUCGGCCGAGUCGGCCAUCAACUUCACCAUGUUCGUUCUUGUCGUAUGCUGGAUCGCGGCACUUAUUGGUCUGAUCUCGUCCUUCGUUAACGCGCUCGCGAUCCCCAUCGUUCUACUAUCGCUGGAUGCCUCAGCGGUGCUCUUCACUUUCAUCGCUGCCAUCGUUCUGUCGGCAAAGCUGACAGCUGUGAAUUGCGGGAAUCUGAGUGGCAAAGCAAGUGACUACAUUGCUUUCGGCUCUAACAGCGACACGAAACGCUGCCGCGAGAUUCAGGCCAGUGCGGCAUUCUUAUGGUUUCUCCUCGUCUGCUUCGUCGGCACGCUCUUCUUCGCCUUCAAGAGAUUCAGAGCCGCUGGUGGCUCAAUUCGCAGCGGUCCCGGUAUGUCCCAGAUCGGCGUGUAG